GGGCCUAGCCCACAGUCGCUCGGAGAUCGGCGAGGAAAUCGCUCGAAACGGACAAGUGGACUCGUUGCCUCAUAUGGUGAAAUAGCAAACAUAGUUUCCAGAACCACCUACCACCCAAUAUUUUCUAAAACACCGGCGUCAAUUGAAGGCAAAAAGGCUGCAGUUAAUUUCACAACAAUAUUACCGACGGCUCUCAAGUGAUUCGAGGACUUAUAUAAGGCGCAGAUAAUGGCUGGAAGAAUUACAAUCAACGGCACUAGCCAUGAAGUUAAUCUGGCUGCUAUGCCGGCGGAUAUCUCGCUGAACACCUUCAUCCGGGAGUACGCCGGUCUGACGGGCACCAAGUUCAUGUGUCAGGAGGGCGGAUGCGGCGUCUGCGUCUGCACCCUGAGCGGACUGCAUCCGGACACCGGGGAGCCGCGCACCUGGGCGGUCAACUCGUGUCUCACCCUGCUGAACACCUGCCUGGGCCUGGAGGUGACCACCACGGAGGGAUUGGGCAACAAGCGGACCGGCUACCAUGCCAUCCAGCAGCGACUGGCCAAGAUGAACGGCACCCAGUGCGGCUACUGCUCGCCGGGAAUCGUGAUGAACAUGUACGGCCUGCUGAAGUCCAAGGGCGGCAAGGUGACCAUGGCGGAGGUGGAGAACUCCUUUGGCGGCAACAUCUGUCGCUGCACUGGCUAUCGCCCCAUCCUGGAUGCCAUGAAGUCCUUUGCGGUGGACAGCAACAUCCAGGUGCCGGCCGAGUGCAUUGACAUCGAGGAUCUGAGCACCAAGCAGUGCCCCAAGACAGGUCAAACUUGCUCGGGAAGCUGCAAGAAGCAGCAGCCCAAGGGCAGCCAACUGUAUCCGGAUGGCAGUCGCUGGAGCUGGCCAGAGAAUCUGGGGGAUCUGUUUGGCGCCCUGCAGGGAGCGGUCAAGGAGAAGUUACCCUACAUGCUGGUGGCUGGCAACACAGCUCAUGGAGUCUACAGACGUAGUCCCGACAUCAGGGCAUACAUCGAUGUGUCCGGCUUGGCGGAGCUCAAGGGUCACAGCCUGAGCUCGGAUAAGUCUUCCCUCACCCUGGGAGGCAACCUGAGCCUCAGCGAAACCAUGGAGCUGUGCCGCCAGUUGGAGAAGACCAAGGGCUUCGAGUACCUGUCCCAGGUGUGGCAACAUCUCGAUUGGAUCGCCAACGUUCCAGUGCGCAAUGCCGGCACCUUGGCUGGCAACCUGGCCAUCAAGCAUGCCCACCCGGAGUUCCCCUCGGAUGUGUUCAUCGUCCUGGAGGCCCUCGAUGCCCGUGUGAUUGUCCAGGAGGCGGUGGACAAGCAGGAGACUGUGAGCCUGGCCAGCUAUCUCGGAUCCUCCAUGGAGGGAAAGAUUAUUCGUGGCGUGGUGCUAUCUGCUUAUCCCAAGGAGCGUUUUGCAUUUGAUUCCUAUAAGAUCAUGCCCCGUGCCCAGAAUGCCCAUGCCUAUGUAAAUGCUGCCUUCCUCGUGGAAUUUUCUGGAGACUCCACGGUGAAGUCAUCUCGCAUUUGCUUUGGUGGAAUCCAUCCAGAAUUUGUGCAUGCCGCGGCCAUUGAGCAGUUGAUCCAGGAAAAGAAUCUUUUCGAGAAUGGAUUGGUGGAGAAGGCCUUCGAACAACUCUCCACGCUGCUCCAACCCGAUGCAGUCCUUCCAGAUGCCUCUCCAGCGUAUCGUCGCAAGUUGGCCUGCGGACUCUUCUACAAGUUCCUCUUGAAAACAGCAGCUGAGAGGAAGCAGGGCUUGGCCAGUCGAUUUGUGUCAGGAGGUUCUAUCCUCAAACGCCCCGUGUCCAGUGGCCAGCAGAGCUUCGAGACCUUCCAGGAGCACUACCCAGUGACCAAGGCCACGGAGAAGCACGAGGGUUUGAUCCAGUGCUCCGGUGAAGCCACCUACGCCAACGACUUACCCACCCAGCACAACCAGUUGUGGGCUGCCUUUGUGACCGCCAAGAAGGUGGGUGCCAAGGUGACCAAAGUGGAUCCGCAGCCAGCUCUGGAUCUGCCCGGUGUGGUGACCUACCUGGAUGCCAAGGACAUUCCGGGACCAAACUACAUUGGGCCCAAGGUCAGGGAUGAAUUCUUCUUUGCGCAGGAAGAGGAGCUCUUCGCCACCGGGGAGAUUAAAUUCUUUGGCCAGCCCGUGGGCCUGAUUCUAGCCACCUCCAAUUCUCUGGCCAAUCGGGCUGCAGAGUUGGUGAAGCUGAGCUACGAGGGAGGAGCAGAGGAGGUCCUGCCCAGCUUGAAGCAUGUGCUGGACAAGGUUGGAUCUGAGGCUGGCAGUAAUAAGAGAUUGGAGCAGAAGGUCAAGUCCACCAUCGAUGUCCUGGAGUUGGAGGAACCCUUCGAUGUGAGCUCUUCCGGUCAGCUGGACAUGGGUCUGCAGUACCACUACUACAUGGAACCCCAGACCACAGUGGUGCUGCCAUUUGAGGGUGGUUUGCAGGUGUACGCGGCCACCCAGUGGAUGGACCUCACCCAGGAUGUCAUCGCCAAUGUCCUGAAUGUCAAGAGCAACGAAGUCCAGGUGAAGACGCGUCGCAUUGGUGGCGGAUACGGUGGCAAGGCCACUAGAGGCAACUUGGCGGCCGCCGCAGCUGCUUUGGCUGCCCACAAACUAAACCGACCCAUUAGAUUCGUCCAAUCCCUGGAGUCCAUCAUGACUACACUGGGCAAGCGAUGGGCCUUCCACUGCGACUACGACUUCUUUGUCCAGAAAUCCGGAAAGAUCUCCGGCAUUGUGAACAGAUUCUAUGAGGAUGCUGGGUAUCUAUCCAACGAGUCUCCCAUUGGCCACACUGUGUUGCUCUCCAAGAAUUGCUACGAGUUCAGUGAUAACUACAAGCUGGAUGGCUUCCUGGUCUACACGGAUUCCCCCUCGAACACUCCCUGCCGUGCUCCUGGCUCCGUGGAAGGCAUCGCCAUGAUCGAGAACAUGAUCGAACACAUUGCCUUCGAAACCGGACUGGAUCCUGUGGAUGUGCGCUAUGCCAACAUGCUGCCGGCUCACAAGAUGGGAGAGAUGAUGCCCAGGUUCCUGGAGAGUACCAAGUACAAGGAACGCAGGGCGGCGGUGAUCGCCCACAACAAGGAGAACCGCUGGCACAAACGAGGAUUAGGACUGUGCAUCAUGGAGUACCAGAUUGGAUACUUUGGGCAGUUCCCCGCCACAGUGGCUAUUUACCACAGUGAUGGCACCGUGGUCGUCUCCCACGGAGGCAUUGAAAUGGGACAAGGCAUGAACACCAAGAUCUCGCAGGUGGUGGGUCACACUUUGGGCAUUCCCAUGGAGCAGGUGCGCAUCGAGGCCAGUGAUACCAUCAAUGGAGCCAACUCCAUGGUCACUGGAGGAGCGGUGGGUAGUGAAACCCUCUGCUUUGCCGUACGCAAGGCCUGCGAGACCCUCAACCAGCGGUUGGAACCUCUGAAGGAGGAGCUUAAGCCCCAGAAUUGGCAGGACCUCAUCACGGAGGCUUACAACAGGAAGAUCAACCUCAUAGCCAGCGAUCAGUGCAAACAGGGCGACAUGGAUCCCUACUCCGUGUGUGGCCUGUGCCUCACCGAAGUGGAGUUGGAUGUCCUGACGGGCAACUACAUUGUGGGUCGAGUAGACAUCCUGGAGGACACCGGCGAGAGUCUGAACCCCAAUGUGGACAUUGGCCAGAUCGAAGGCGCCUUCAUGAUGGGAUUGGGGUACUGGACCAGCGAACAAAUUGUGGCAGAUCCCCAGACAGGCGAGUGCCUCACGAACCGCACCUGGACGUAUAAGCCGCCAGGAGCAAAGGAUAUACCCACGGAUCUGCGCAUUGAGCUGCUGCCCAAGAGUCCUAAUAAGGCGGGCUUCAUGAGGUCCAAGGCCACUGGAGAACCAGCCAUCUGUCUGUCCAUCGCCGUGGCCUUUGCCCUGCAGCAGGCUCUACAAUCAGCUCGCGAUGACGCUGGCGUUCCAAAGGCCUGGGUGACCCUCGCCGCCCCGAUGACCCCCGAGUACCUGGUCCUCCACGCGGGUACCGAGCCCAGCCAGUUCAAGCUGAACUAAGAGGAAAUCCAGUUCCUGACCGUGGGACAUGGCACGUGGCCGCGAUGGGAACGCUCCGAUAAGCACGCCAAGAUAACCUGCACUUACACCCCCACUUAACCUGGACUCUAAACCCUAGACUAGCCGACAUUGUGUUGUGUGCACAAUAAAUUAAAAACUUAUCCAACGUUUAA